GACAACGCUUACUCUUCUACGACGGCUCAACGUCACGUUUUCCUUUGUAAACAUACAUGUUGAAUACGGAAGCUAGUUGAAUGAACUGAUUAGCAAUGGUAGAGUACUUAAUACGGGACAGGAUUUUGAAUGGCUACAGUUGUAUACAUUAACAGUUGUAUGGCUGUAAGUUAACUUUUCAAGCGGCUACCCUGCUGGUUUACACCCGGGAGCCUGUGGGACACUGGGCUCUCCAUUGUUGUACCCUCUCCUGUCAUAUGUGUGCACUGUCUGUCACCAUGCCUACGACUGUCGUGGUUACAACAAAGGGUUGACUCUCCCCCACUUCAUGAUGGACCAAAGAAAGGACUUAGAGAGUUUCCUCAAAAACGUUGACACAAUAAGCGAACUGGUGAACGAGCUGCAUAGGGCUGAUACCGAUGAAGCCCAGCAGCACGCGGCAGCGGAGAGGGCGGACCGCUACCUCGCCGCUCUGGAGGAUGGGGAGGGCGACGGCUCGUGCAGGACUGUCAUCAACCGGACAACCAUCAACACGAAUCCCUCCACCACAUCCCCCCCUGCUAUCAUGUGUCCCCCUCAGUACAGCUCAGAUGUAGAUGCAGAGAGUUACAUGAAGAGUCUGGAGAGAGAUGUGGAAGACAGGAUUCAGAGAAGGAGAGCUAAGGAGGAAAGGGCAAACGAACUCAAAGACAAAGGAAACAAAGCUUAUACCCGACAAGACUUCCAACUGGCCGUGGAGUUUUACAGUGAUGGGCUGGCAGAAUUACGUGACAUGCAGCCACUAUACACCAACAGAGCACAGGCCUAUAUUAAGCUGGGAGAGUUCAACAAGGCCGUCAGUGACUGCGAAUGGGCCCUGAAGUGCAAUGAGAGAUGCCUCAAAGCUUAUGUACACAUGGGCAAAGCAUAUGUUGGCCUACGGAAUUAUAAAGAGGCAAGAAACUGCUAUGAAAAGAUUGUGGAAAUUGAACCUGAGAGGCGAAAAAUGGUGAACGAAUACCUGACUCAGCUGGAAUGGGAGGAGGAGCGAGAGAGGCAGGAGUUAAGUGCCACAGAGGAGUUUGACAGGGGAGGACAGAAGGCCUCCACAGUGCCUCAGCUGCUGGAUAAACUCUCAAGGCCCAACCAGAGCCCCCUAUACUACUGCGGAGGGCUGGAACUUCUUUCGAAAGCCAUUACUGACUGUACUGGUCAGACCCUCUUCCGGCUGAAUAAUGGAUUCAGCAUCGUCAUCAGCAUUGACACAGUAAGGAGCGGUUUGUCCCGUGGUUCGAGGACUUUGUGCGCCCCAGAGCUGUGUGCUUCGCUGCUGAGAUUAUGGCGGGUGAUUUGCAGUGGAAACGAUGAAAACCAGAAAACGCUGAUGGCGUGCACCGUCUCCAGCCAGUCCAUCGUGGACUGUCUAGCCUCGGAACACAUGGCGGUGCGACAAGAGAGUCUGUCCCUCCUGUGCCUGUACUCCCAGACUCAGCGCAGCAGACACAUGGCAAUUGAAGACCUGAAUGUGCAAAUGUUGAUGAAGAAUCUAAUGCAAUGCAUCGCAAGCCCAAAGGAUCAGGAAGAGAUCAGAGCUCUGGCUGUGCUGGAGAACUUUGCAUCUGAAAACAAAUUUUGCAUGCAGCUACGGGAUAAGCUAUCUGAAACUGUCUUAGUCCCUGUCACAACAAUACUGAAAACCUUCAACCUGACCAAUCAGCAUGUUCUUCCAUCUUUGAUCUCAUCAAUCGGCUGUCUGGUCCGUGAUGAUGUCAUCCGUCAUAAUAUGGCUCACUCACCGAAAUGUUGGGAGGCGUUUGUGGUUGCCUUGAAACAGUGCAGUAGCAGUGAAUACAGAGACAACCUUUAUCCGCUGCUUGGACUGAUCUUCAACAUUUCAACCGUGGUCACCUCUCCUGGCCUCCAGGAACACGGCAUUCCCCUCUGCACAUGGUGUCUGGCUCUGCUGAGUGAUAGCCACGGAGGAAUAAUCACUAGAGCUGCUGGUGUGCUCAGCCAUGUCCUCCCACAAUGCAGUGCGGCUCUUGAGCUCGCUGUCCGCAGGGGGGUGGUCACCACCAUGCGCCGGCUCCUGAAAGGAGCAGGACCAACCAGCACUAAGUAUGCCAUUAAGACCCUCACAGUGUGUACGGCUGCCAGUCACCUGGCACGAGAGGAGCUGCUGGAGUCUGAUAAAAGGCUGUCGGUCCUCCGCCGCCUGCUGCGGUCCAGCGAUGAUGAGGUGGUGCUGGGGAACGCCGCCCUGUGCCUGAGCCACUGCCUGGAGGUGCAGGGAGCAGCCCUUAACCUGCUGGCCACCGACGCCGUUCCUCUGCUGCUGCGCCUGGCUGCAGCCGACAACACCCCCGCCGGGAGGACGGAGGCCCAGCGCAACGCCGCCAUCGCGCUGGGGAAGCUGUGUCACACUGAACCCAGACAUAUGCACAAACUGCGGGAGCUGCACGGCGUCGAGGUCCUCCACUCCUGCAUGAAGCUCAUCACUUGAAGCUCAUCACUGCUGAGCCACGGGUGUCACAUAAGUUUUCAUAGCAUUUAAAUGUCUCCUUCCCGUGUGAUUUCCCUUCGUCUUUGACCGUACGUCUCAAUGUCACCUCUGCCUCGAGAAAGACAUUUAAUAAAUAAAUCGACCCAGUGCCCAUCACACUUUUUCAAACAGGCUAAUUACUCGGGACCAAAUGUACCAUCUCGUCCCAUUGAUUAAACCCCCAGAUGAGCGGCAUCACAUCCUCUAGCCUCACCCCCUCCUCACAGCUGCGUGAUCGUGUUAGAGGUGCCAUAGCUCAGCUUUUAUUCCCAUUGAGGUAUAGUUGAUAUAAUCUUUUUUAUAUGUGUGUGUAUGUAAACGGCUGUCAAGGGCGAUUUGAGACGGCAGCUUUAGUUGAUUGUCUCUGUCCGCUACUUGGCCCCUCAGCCCUUUGAUAUAAGGCAGCCUGUUUGUGGCUCUGUCCUUAUAUAUAGGGAAUUUAUGGCUUUUUGCAACCACGUUUUUCCUGGCAAUUCAAGGCUGAACGAUUUCCAUUCGCGCAGCUGCUACUGUGGUACUUAUAAUAUGAUACUUGGAAAACGACAUUAAAAAAACAUCGUUUUUUCUGCUUUAGUGGUUAGAGUAUUGUAUUGUUAAGUGCCGUGGCAUCCUAAAUAUAAACACAUAAGUGGUAAUGUAUUUGCUGAAAGAAAAAUAGAUGGAGGGCAAGGUGCUUGAGAUCCGGUGAAAACAGCUUAAAAUACAUACACACAAUGACAGGUCAAUAUUGCCCACAAAGCAACACCAUUAUGACGGGAUGAGAUUCCUUUAUUGGGCUUUAGAGUUCAUAAAACCAUAAAUCCUUCUGACGUUUGAACUGAUGUAUUCUUGUGUAAAGUGCAGUAGCAUGCUGUUAUGUUUAAUGCAUUGCUAUUCUGCACAGUGCCUCACACAUGGGCCGUAAUUGCUGGUUUUACAAUCGCGUGAGCCCUGUAGUAUGCACGCCUCAUUCUAACUCCACUGAUAGGAUCUGCAUUUGAAAAUGCUAUUUUACUCCCAGACUCUGGUUAAAUUGACUUUCCUUCUUCUCUUUGACAUGAUCUGUUUUUGUUAUUCCAGAAAGGUCUCAAAAGAUUGAUUGGAAAAUGAAAUUGCAAGCUCACGACAGCUUAACCAAAAGUCAUAUCAAUUUCCCCCUAAAAUAAGUAUAUGUAGAUGGGGAUCUACCUUUCGAUACUUAUUGCAACAACAAUAAUUUCUCUGUCGUCCUUUAAUAAGUUGAGAGGUAAGUUAAACAAACAAAAAACGUAAUAUCCUGAAAUCGUUUUACGGUGUGAAUUUAAUGAAUCCAUAAUGUUGCAAACGCCCUUGUUGUGAUGCGGCUGCCCAAACGUCCUUACCAUAUGCGAUGAAAUUACACAUGCACGACCAUCUAAGAAACGUACCGUGACCAAAAUGGGAUACCUGCAGUGUUAUCACUGUAAGCCUCCGUGUUGACGGGGGAGGCAGGAGCCAAUGAAGAUCUUGGUUUGUUUGUCAUAGAAAUUCAAACCAUGAAUAAAUCAAGUGUUGAGGACAUAAGCUUCCAGUAAAAAGACUGUGAGGGUUAUGUGUGCUUUGCAAAGUACACAAUUUGCAAUGAGGGCGUAUUUAUUUUUUCCGGAUAUUCCAGAGAUAAGUAAAACCCUGAAGCAAGAGGGCAAAUUAAUACACUGAGCUUUUUGUGCCCAUUUUUUUUCCAACCUGUGCCCUGGUAAGUUAUUUGUUUGUUUUCCAUACAUGUAUAAUGUAUUAGGAACAUCUCAUUAUUUUGUGUUUUUUUAAUGGGAGACAACAUAUUUUCAUGAUUGUUUCAUCUCUGGAUACAUAUAUUAAACAAAACUUACCAUAUUGACUGAAUAUAUAUACAAAUAGUUUGUUUAGAUUUUCGCUGCACCCUUUUAAGGAAAUACACAGGGUAUAUAUCGAUAUAGUUGAUCACUGUAAAUGCCGGAGCAUGCAACACGCUGCAACAUGUUGCAGCGUGUUGCAUGCUGCAAAAUCAUAAUAAAAUAGAUGAAAGAAAUACAACAGUAAUAGAUAGUUGUUUUUUUUUGGCUUUUAAAAUCCAAAAGUCAUAACAUCAUCCCAGCUUUUGGAAAGGGAGAUCUAUGUUACUGGUCAAACGCAAAUGGAGCAGCAGAGAGAAUGCAUAUCAAGGCCGCUGGCUGUGAGCCGCCUCUUUUUCCGAUGGCCUUGUUUUACCCCAACCAUCCGCUGUAAUUGCUUCACCGCAAAAUAGUCAAUUUUGGUCCCAGCUACGGGCGACAUUGGUCCGCUGUCUUGGAGUGGGACAAUCUUUCAGAUGUGUUAGGCCUCAUCAUGAGUAGGUCAUAAGUCACUUCCAAGAGAGAAACUUUUGAAUCUAUGAUAAAUGGCACCCGGAGGUCCUGGGUUGCUCGUUUAGUGUAGACGUUAUUUUUUAACAUGAUGAAAAUAAAGGAGAAGCUGAUUGUGAUCAGUUUCACGUUAGCUGGCAGCGGAUAUCCUGGACCUGGACCGGGAUAAACUGCCACCAGGGUUAAGGAUGAAGAAGGAAGUCCGGAAUUGGGAGGGAAUAGAGUAUCAACCUGCCCAGCGGUAUCUGUCAUCCAAAGUGACAGAGCUAAAGGUCUUAGUGACAAAAAGGAGCACAACAAACCUGUGUUUCUUCUGCAGCAAGAUUGAAGAGCAGUGUCGUCCUGGAAGAAUUCCCAGGACGCCUGGAUGUUGUUAGCUGCGGGUCGCCCCCGUGCUGUCACUGUGGCGUGGCACCGUUAAAUCACCAUAUUCCAUCAACACUUCCUCGUCCAGCGGUUUAUCAGACAAUGGCGGUAAGAAUGGAAAACGUGUGCCACAAGAAAGACACACCCCAGCUCCACUCUAAAGGAUUGAUUGCCUUUUCACCAAGAGUCUUUCCCCGUUCAAUAAACAAAUACAUAGAUCACAAUCAAAAUAUAAAUUGUAGAGUGGCCCACAUUGGGAGUUUAUCACGGUUGUGCUUCAAAAAUGUAGCAAAGAGAACGACCUGUUCAUACCGUACAGAAGUAACUGAAUCUCCAUGCAAAACUUCAAGACAAAAUACAUGUCUGCUUUAGGCGUGCCCAAGAUAUGAAAUCAAAAGAGUAGACAUUUUAUAUACUGGGGAAAACAAACAAUCACAAAAAAAAACACACAGAUAUGAAUGAUACCAGUCGUUGGAAUAUUCUGCCACAACAGGAAGAAAGAGAGAGCCAUGCGCACAGUGAUGAACACCAGCUGACCCAUGACAACAAGAGGACUGAAGCAUUGCAGGGCAGCAACCCCCCCCACCCCUGAUUAUGGAUGCUGGAGACCACUUCUACAGUCAAAUAUCCGGUCAUUCGCUCCCCUGGCAGAGGAAAAACAAAUCUUUGAUGUCUUUAUCAAGUGGAAUUGGCCACCUGCCAGCGAGGCCCCAAGCUGCCCCAACAGGGUCCCCUCUAUUGACUUUGUAUCCAGACUGCUCACUCUGGCUCCUGA